CAUCUAUUAAUAGAAUAUAAAUUAGGUAUGAAUUACGAUUUUAAUUUUUUCAAUCAAUUGAAGAAAGCAUAUUGGCGAUUAGAGAGCAUCAGAAGUAUGUUAAUGAGCAAAAGAGCAUAAUGCAGGCUUUGAGUAAAGACGUGAACAUGGUAAAAAAGCUUGUUGAUGAUUGCCUUACUGGCCAGCUAUCAUCCUCACUCCGUCCCCAUGAUGCAGUUUCUGCCUUGGGCCCCAUAGCUUGCCUUGCAGAAGUGGUUAGAAUGAAGGCUUCAAUGAAGCUUUACAUGGGCAUAACGGGACAGUUGGCCGAAAGGCUUGCCGCCAAGAGGGAAGCAAAGGUUUCUAGAAGGGAGGAGUUUUUGAGAGUUCACAGUCCAUACAUACCAAGUGAUGUUUUGGCUUGCAUGGGAUUGUUUGAUACUCCUAGCAAGUGUGACGUAAAUAUGACCCCUUUUGAUACCAAGUUGCUCGACAUUGAUAACCCAGAGCUUGAUCAUUAUGCCCCUGAGUAUUUGUUGGGACUCUCACACAGAGGCAAGGUUGAUGAUUGUGGUUUUGAACUUCCUGAGAAGAUUGAUUCGGUUGAGUUUCUCGAUAUUGUUGGAACGAUCAAGAUGGAAGUUGAAAAUGCAAAACUGAGAGCAGAACUUGCUUCUAAGAUAGCCUUAAUCUGUUCGAUUAGCCCUGAAGUUGGUUAUGAAUCUUUUGAUGAUGAGGGUAAAAUGGACCGCUUGCUACAGGACGUUCGAGAGAAAACAUCUGAAACCAUAUGUUUGAAAGAAGAGCACGAGAACCAUCUUAAAUCCAUGCUGAAGAUGAAGCAAAUGCAGUGUGAAUCAUAUGAAAAACAGAUUCAGGAGUUAGAGCAACGUUUGUCUGAGCAUUAUAUGCCUAGCCAUAAUGGUUCUAUGGGUGAGGGCGUAUCAAACCUUACCACUUCAUAUCCUCACCGCGAUGAAGAGCACGACCAGUUUUGUGACGAGGAAAACAAGACAUUAUCAAGCUCUAUGGUUCUGAGCAUGUCUCGGCCUGUGACUGCUUCAUUACCUUCUGAACCAGCUGCUGGUCCUGCUUUUUGUUCAAGACUAAGUGAAGAUGUUAUUGAGUUGCAAAAAGCACUCAGUGGAAAUUCAAGCCAACUGAAUGAAGCAGAAAAUGAAAUCAAAAGGCUGAGGAAUGAGGUUGACAAGUUAAUUGGGGAUUUGGAGAACAAAAGGAAGCUCUUUGAUGAAUCGCAGAUGAAUUAUGCUCACUUGGAGAACUGUCUUCAUGAAGCAAGAGAGGAAGCUCAAAACCAUCUGUGUGCAGCCGAGAGGGCCUCAGAGUACAGCACACUGUGUUCUUCUGCAGUUAAAAUGCGUGGCCUCUUUGAGAGGUUGAGAGCUUGCAAUUUAUCAGGUGGCACUGCUGGUUUUGCCCAGUCUCUACCUGCUUCGUCUCAGUCUUUAGCAAAUUCAAUCAAUGAAAAGAGUCGCUCGGAACUACAGGAAAGGUGUUCAAAUGUGGAAGCUUCUAAUAAGCUUCUAAUGGCAGAAUGCGAAGAGAAGAAAGAGUUGGUUAACACCCUCUAUAAGAAACACCAACUUGAGAAACAGGCCCUUCAAAUGGAUGUCCUUUGUUAUCUCAUGAUCAAUCUACUGGCAGUGGAUAAUCCUUGCAGCAGCAAAAAUGCAUUGGCAGUGGAUGUUGACAUCUGAAAGUUUUUUCAACUCUGGGGGAAAUGCCAACUUCAACAGUGGUAUUUCACCAAUUAAUUUUGUAGUAGUAAAUGUCACAUUCAAUUAUUUUUACCUAACAUUAUUCAUUAAAGACAAAUAAUGGCUACCAAUGACAGCAAAAUUACACCAAAAAAAUUUCAAACUAACUCUAAAUAAAUGUAAUGUCAGUUUUUACCAAUUUUGAUUUCAAAAUAAUGAUGGCCAUUACUACCUUUCAAUGAGUUCUCAACUCCAUAUAAUAUCAUCCAUCCACAACUUAUUUCUUCCUUCCCUACAUACCAAUAAACCGUCAUACAAUCAUAACACACAAUACUCUCACCUUGAACUUCAAGUGUUAGUCUUUGGAGUUAUCUCCUCUCUGGUUUCCACUUCGACAAAUCAACCACCUUCCAAGGACCAAAAUCAUAGCAUCCCUAGCAUUGAUCAACCGUCAGAUUUUUCAGGGAAGCUCAGGACCCUACACCACCCAACAAUUCCAUAGACAAUUAUAUUAAUGGAUGGGUUUUAUCGUAG